AUGGCACAGCGACAGGGAUCGAGCGGUGCGAACCGCACGCCGGCGGCGCCCGGCGCCCAGCGGUCCAAGGCGCCACUGCCGGGGAUGAGUGAUACGGCAUCGAUGCUGCGGUCCAGGCGUGCGACGGGCGUGCCGGGCCCUGGCUACUCCGACGAAAUGGACGAGUUUGAAGUCGAGACGCCUGGCGACGCGGCGCUGCACGAGCUGCCGUCGGGAAUCAUUAUGCCCGGGAUUAAGAGCACGCGUGUGAUUCCAGGACAGGCACAAGGAGAUGGUGUGGAGAAGCGCACGCCCAAGACGCUCAAGGCUACGAGCGGCGCGAGGCCGCGCGCGGCGCCGCCAAAACUGCCGUCGAAGGGCGCAAGUGCAAGCGUGGCGGGCCCACUGCGCGUUGCAGGGCCGAGCAAGCCACUGGUGCCGCAGCUGAAAGGGACGCCCGCUCGCGCACCGCGCUACUCGCUGCCUGUCCGCACAGAAAAGCAGGUGCGCACGAGCAAAGUCAGUGGCCGGCACGUUGUGCUCCCGAUGGAGAGCCAGCUCGCUCCUCUUCCCAGCACCCCAGCCGACGAGGAAGAGGAAGAUGAUGAGGAUGAGGAGGAUGAGGAGGUAGCAGAUAAGGAGCGGCUGCGCGAGGCACACGCGCCCGCGCCGGAAUUUGCGCAAAUGGCGGCGCCGCCCCGGAGCCAGAAGCGCCGAGGGCCGGUGUACUACUCAUUCGAGCGCAUGCCGCCGCAUGCGCGCGAGUAUACGAUUUUGCCGCGGCUUACCUCCUACGCCAUUUCAGCGUCAAUCCAUGUCCCGACACUGCUUGGGUUCCUCCGCAGAGAACACGGGAUCCGGCCGCGUUUGUAUGAAGGGUGUGCGUACGCCAUGUACUUUAAGCCAUUGCUCCCUGGGUUUGGGCGCGCAACGGUGCGCAGCUCGCGCGAGCCGAGCGGCGCGCCCGGAGACGAGAGCAGGCAUGAGCGCCAGAUCCAGCGCCACGAGGAGAGUGGCUAUGUUGGCAGCUACUUUGACCAGGCCGACGACCAGCAGAAUUUCGACACGGAUGGCUAUAUACAGGGCGGGCGUGUGCAGGAGCGUGCGGAAAGCGCGCAGGAGCCGCCGCGCGAUGCGCCGCACGCGCCGGCGAUUGACGAAAGCCGCGUCGAUUCCCUGCUCACCGAGAUGAUGGCCGAGGAGGCGCAGAGGCGCGCAUCCCACGGUGAGACGCUCGAGACGUCGCAUGCGGAUCUUGCGGGUGCGCGCGAUAUGCUGCGCCAAGAAGAAGCGAACGAGGAGCUGGGUAUUCAAGACGCGAACACAGACGCCAAGCCGCGGCGCAAAGUGCUGCGCAUCAACGAAGCCUCGCACACGCACGAAACGCGGGUGAAUGAGCAGGCUCCGAAAUCAAUCCGCGAGGCGCUGCAGUACGGCGAGAUGGUUGUCCUUACGUACGGCGUCGUGGUCCUGUUCAACUUUACGCAAGCCGAAGAGGAGUCGUUGUUGGCCGAUAUCCGUGCGUCUGGUGCGGUGCUCAACUCACACCGCGAGUACGACCGCGAGUUAUUCCACUACUGCUACGACCCUAACGUCCCUGCGCCGCGAAUCUACAACGACUUUUUCACGUUCCGCGCGCCGAACCACCUGCUCAAAAUUUCGCUCGCGCUGGCAAUUGCACAGUCGACCAAGCUCUCCGAGUUUGAGGAAAGCAUGCAGCGUACGCUCGAGCUUACCAGUCAUAUACCACGCGAGCUUGCACAGACGGGUGAGCUGCGUGUGAGCAGACGUGGCGCAUUGCGCAUGUCUGGCCACCUGUUCAAGCUGCGUGUGGAUGUGAAUUUGACGAGCGACGUGCUCGAUACGCCAGACCUGUUCUGGAACGAGGCGAGCUUGCAGGCACUCUACGAUGCCAUCCGCGAGUACCUCGAGAUUGACCAGCGCGCUGAAACGCUGAACGAAAGGCUCGCCGUUGCCAACGACCUGCUCGAGAUUAUUCACGAGCACUUGAACAACAAUGCCAUGAGCAAAAUUACGUGGAUCAUAAUUGCACUGAUCGUUGCUGCAUGCAUUGUCGCACUGGGCGAGAUCAGCGCGCGCUUGUUGGUAGCAGCCAAGUACAACAGGGGGGUAUCUGUGGGGCCCAGCACGUCUAGUGAACUGCUAUAG